AUGAGCUCCAAACCGACUCUAGCCUUCGCCGGCUUGGGCGCAAUGGGAGGCGGAAUGGCAAAGAACCUGGUCAAGAAUGGAUUCACCGUCUACGGCUACGAUGUCUACCAACCCCUCGUCGACAGCUUCGUCGAGGCAGGUGGCAAGGCCGCGAAGACGCCUAAGGAAGCGGCAUCGCAGGCCGACUUCUUCAUCUCCAUGGUUGCGAAUGCGGCGCAGAACUCAAGCCUCCUUUUCGAAGGCGAGGAUGCUGUGGUUAAGGGAUUGGGGAAGGGAAAGACCUUUAUCCUGUGCUCGACGACACCGCCUUCUUUCCUGCAUGAGCUGAGGAAACGACUUGAUGAGGAGUUUGGAAGGUCAGACGUAAAACUGCUAGAUUGCCCCGUCUCAGGAGGCACUCUCCGAGCAGCAGACGGGACGCUCUCCAUCUUCGAGUCUGGACCCGAGGAGGAUCUCAACGCCGCAAAGGACGUCCUCCAAACAAUGUCCGGCAACCUCUACCGCAUGGGCGACAUCAGCGCGGGCACAAAGACCAAAACGGUCCAUCAACUGGUCGCCGCAACCAACAUCAUCACCGCCUGCGAAGCCAUGGGCCUAGCAGCGACAGUCGGCCUCAACACCCAAGCCGUGUUCGACCACGUCAACAAAUCGGACGGCACGAGUUUCUUCUGGGAGAACCGCGUGCCGCAUAUGCUCAAGAACGACUGGCAUCCGUACUCCGCGCUAUCCAUCAUCCUCAAAGACGCCGGGAUCGUCACGGACACGGCUAGAAAGGCGCAAUGGCCCACGCCGAUGGCCGACACCGCCGAACAACUCUACCUACAAGGCGUGCAAGCGGGCAUCCUCAAAAUCGACGACGCGGCACUCGUCCAGCUCUACCUCCCCAAAUCCCAAGGCGACCUCGUCAGCCAAAUGACCAACGCAGACGUCAAUAUGACCGCCUCGCACAAAGUCAGCAAAGACACCAUCGUCGACCUCCUCUCGGGGAUCCACCUCGCCUCCGCGGUCGAAGGCAUGGCGUUCUGCAAAGAACUCGGGCUCGACCGCACCGUCAUGUGCGAUAUCAUUUCCAAAGCCGCCGGGUCGAGCGUGCAGUUCACGAAGAGCAUCCCGGGGAUGCUGGGGAGGGAUUCGUGGAGUCUGGCGGAUUGUGCGCAGGCGGAGGAGGUGGGGAGGAAGUUGUCGGAGGCGGUGGAGUUGUGUAGGAAGAUCAAGUAUCCGUGUCCGAUGGCCGCGAGUGCGUUGCAACAGUUUCAUUUUGCGACGUUGAGGGGGAAGACGAUUGGGACGCAGGAUCGGUCUGGACGGUGA